UUUUCUUUUUUUUUUUUUUGAUAACCCAGGUCUAUUGAGAAGGCGGAGAGCAGCCUAGGUUUUCUUUAUCGGUAUUACACUAAAAAUUGGGAAUACAUUCAUCAUCGCCGGCACCAAUUUAUCGUAUGUUGCAGUGAUUUCUUCUCAACUUCUUCAUCACCAAACUUGGAAGACGAGAGUCAGAAGUUAUUAAAAGGGGGAUCAAUUCAGACGAUAUUAAAACGGAAAUUAUUUGAAUAUGUCAGCUCUCUUCAAUUUCCACUCUUUCCUCACAGUGGUGUUGUUAGGCAUCUGUACCUGCACUUAUUUGAAGAUGCAAUUUCCAGCUGUUCUUGAGAAGAGAACUGGGUUUCAAGGUGUCUUCUGGAAGGCUGCUAGAAUAGGUGAGAGAUUAAGCCCUUGGGUGGCUGUAGGAUGCUUCACAAUGGGUGUGUCUAUAAUCUUCUUCUAAGAGGAGAGCUAUGCACAUGUACCCCAACAACCAUUUAAACCCUCUAUUUUAUUUUGUACUGCUUCAUGCAGUUGAAAGCUAAUUUAAUGAACUUGUUUGGAUGUCACUAAAGCAUUCUUUACUUUGACUUUUGUACUGUUAAGAUUUAUGCGAUACCUAUUUGUUUGAUUAUUUAAUACAUUUUGGUGAUCCUUGUAAACUGUUCAAAUCCCGGAACUAAUACACGAAGGAGCUGGAUUAAUUGAAGAAAAUUGAUGGAAAUACUUACCAUAAUUAAUGAUGUA